AUGGACCCACAUCAUAUGGAUUCUGAUUAUGGCGGAAGUUUUGAACCAAUCGACGGCAGAACUCUCCGAAUGGCUCAUAAGGAGGUCCGUAUGAUGCAGAAGGAACAAUCAUUCUUGGCGGAGGAUUAUCGCGAAGCGUUUGCAACCAAAUCUUCCCGUCGAGCCCACUCGGAAGUCAAAGAAGGAAACUUUAUUGCGCCCAAGGGUAAGAAAGUGCAGCAUUCAGCUUCAUCCAAGGCAGACACGUUCAUGCACAAAGUGAUAUCAAUCACCGGUGAUGUGGGUCGCGCCAAUCGAGCUGCAUCAUUUGCUCAGCACAAACAGAACACCCGAGUCAAUAUGCUCUAUGAAUGUGAGCUUGAUGUAGCUAAACAAUCCGCCCAAUCUCUGGCACAGAAUCGCAAGUCGGAACUCGAGCUACAGCGUUCCAGACGUCUGUUUGAUUCCACUCAAGCCACCACCUAA